CCCGCGGCUGCCGAGGGCCCGCGGCGCCACGCAGCGAUGUCGGGGGCGAGCAGCAACGACGGGGUCGCCUCUCCCUCGGGGAGUUCGAGCUCGGAGCGCGGCCGCGCCUCGCUGCCGUCCACCUCGCGGAACGGCGCCGUGCCGCAGCGGCGGUUGCAGGGCCGCUCGCCGGGCUCCGCCGACGGAGACAUGGAGGAGGACGAGCAGCCGCAGCGGCUGGAGGGCGAUGAGCGCAGCAGGAGGAUCAUCCGGAACCAGUACCGGGAGCUCAUCUACAGCGUGCAGCAAAAUCGUGAGGAUAUGCUGAGUUCAAAAAGCAACAGGCUGACAGAAGCUUUGGAAGAAGCCAAUAAACUGUUUAGUGGAGUUUCCAGUGCACGAGAGGCUGCCCUUGAUGCCCAGUUUCUUGUCUUAGCAUCAAAUCUAGGAAAGGAGAAGGCCAAUGAGUUGCACUCUGAAAUGACAACAUUUGAUUCACUAGUGUUUGCAGAAGACUUGUUAACUUUUAUGGGUAUAAAUCGCAUAGAAGCAGAAGAAAAUGAUGAUUCUGAGAGCAUUUCAGGCUAUUUGCCUAGUGAUGCCUGGCAUAAACUGGGAGAAGAAGCAGAAAAGUACUUCAGAAGAGCACCUUCUUUUCACUACAUGUUGGGAUCUUUCAAGUCUGAUCCUCCUGUACCAAGGCAACGGAUUGAGAGACAGAAAAAAACUACAGGAACAGAAGGAAAAAGGGCAAUGCCUGCUCAGUUAAAAAAAAUGGAGGAGUCUCAUCAGGAAGCUACAGAAAAAGAAGUAGAGAGGAUCUUGGGGUUAUUGCAGACUCAUUUUCAAAAUGAUCCUAGUACUCCUAUUUCCUUCUUUGAUCUUGUGAUUGAUCCCAACUCCUUUGCACGCACUGUGGAAAACAUCUUUCAUGUGUCCUUCAUUAUAAGGGAUGGUUUUGCAAGAAUAAAGCUGGAUGAUGAUAAAUUGCCAAUAAUAGAGCCUUCAGAAGACAACGAGGAAAGGGAGGAUGGCCGUAGUGCUGGAGCACGGAACCAGGUUGUCUUGUCUCUGAACUACAAAGACUGGAAGGAGAUUGUAGAAACAUUUGAAAUAACAGAACCCAUGAUUAGCCCUCCUUAUAAUAGCAAUGAAGAUGAAAUGGAGACAGAUUAAUUCUUCAGGUGCCUUACAGGAAAUAUUUUAAAAUGUUUUAUUCAGAAAGUGUUUUAUAUGUAUAUAUGUUGUAAAAUUAUUUCUAUUAGAACAUCUCAACACUUCCUAUGUGCUGGUUUGUUUCUACCUGUCACGGGUUUAUUACCAUAUACCUCCUGUUUAUUAGGGCUUAGUUUGCUGCUUUACAUAAAGUUUACAGAUGCUUCUAAGUAAAAAUGAAAUGCUAUCCCCCUUCAUACAUCCCUUGCCUCUCCCCAGGAGCAGCCUGCAGGUGGAAUUUACAUGGUUAACCAUCUCUGCUGUGAUAAUCCUGUUAUCUAGAUGAGUUUGGGUGCUGAAGGAGAAACUGAUGAUGUCUUUCUCCUCUUAGUCCCCUGAAAACCAAGGUUUGAGUUUGCAAGUUCAAUCUCAGUGGCACUUAAAAGUCCUCCUUCCUUGGACUUAGUUAAAAAGACAUCAGGUGUAUCUGGUUUUGUAACAAGGCAGGACAGCUGUAUGUGGCCAUGACAGUAUUUUUUUAAUUCAAAAUAAAUAAACUUUAGCUCCAUCUCCAGAAAA